UAAUUGGAAAUGGAUUUAUUAAAAAUUGGUCAACGCGUUGCUAUUUCGGGUAAAGACGUGCGUGGAUCGAUAGCCUUUUAUGGGACUGCUUCUUUUGCAUCUGGUAAAUGGGUUGGUGUAAUUCUUGAUGAACCUAAAGGCAAGAAUAAUGGCAACAUUAAGGGUGUCACAUAUUUUACAUGUCCAGAAAAUCAUGGUAUGUUUGUUCGUGCAUCUAACCUUAUUUUUCUUGACGAUAAUGGACAUCCUCUACCAGAUCAAGGCAACAUGACAGCAUCAAAAUCUAAUUCCUCUCUAAAUAGUUCACAAAUGUCUUUAUCCGGAAGUCGUCAUUCACUAUCAGGAUCUCAUAGCACAUUAAUAUCCCCUGCGACUGAAACUGCAGCAGAUUCGCCUAUAGAACAUAAUAUGAAGGAUUCAGUAUCAAGUCACACCUUAGCAGCAUCUUCCAAACGAGCAUCUUUCAUAGAAACUGGUUUUGUAGAAACUUUGAAACCUCAAUAUAUACCAGGGCAAUCUCUGACAUCACCUUCUCCUGCGUUAACAGUAGAAAAUAAAUCUAAUGCGAAUAUUCAACAGCAACAAGAACAAACUAUUCGGGAUCUGACAGAAAAAUUAGAAACAUUAAAACUCCGAAGAUCUGAGGAUAAAGAAAAAUUGAAGGAAUUUGAAAAAUUGUUGUUGGUAAAUCAACAGCUACAAGAGUUUAAAACAAAAAUAAUGGAUGUUCAUUCUCAACUUCAAAAAGAUUUACAAAGAGCAAAGCAAGAGACUAGAGAAGCAAUAGAAGCGAAGGAUGCUCAUGCAGAAGAAAUGGCCGAUUUGGCAGAGACUGUUGAAAUGGCAACACUGGACAAGGAAAUGGCUGAAGAGAAAGCUGAAACGCUACAAAUUGAAUUAGAAACUGCAAAAGAAAAAAUUGAGGAACUGACUUUAGAUUUGGAACUGCUGAAAGAAGCUCAAACUGCUAAAGGAGGUGUGAUCAAUACAUCAGAAUAUGAUAUGAAGCAGCUGGAACAGCACAAUAAUCGUCUUAGAGAAACUCUAGUUAGAAUGAGAGAUCUAUCAGCACACGAGAAGCAUGAAAUGCAGAAAAUGCAAAAGGAUUUAGAUAAAACUAAAUCAGAAUUAACCGAAUUGGCAAGGACCAAAGAAAAAUUAAGUGCUAGAGUGGAGGAGUUAGAGUUUCAAAUUGUUGAUUUACAGGAACAAGUUGAUGCAGCUCUGGGUGCUGAGGAGAUGGUUGAGCAACUUGGCGAAAAGAAAAUGGAAUUGGAAGAUCAGGUCAAACGGUUAGAAGAAGAAGUAAGUGAAUUAGAAGCUCUGCAAGAUGUGCAUGAGGAAUUAGUAGAAUCAAAUCAUGAACUAGAAUUAGAUCUUCGGGAGGAGUUAGAAAUGGCCCAUUCAGCUAGACGAGAGGCACUUCGUGAGAGAGAGGCUAUGCUAGAAACCAUUUUGGACCGGGAUUCCACCAUUAUGAAAUUCAGGGAGCUUGUACAGAAAAUAAAUGACCAAAAUAUGGAUCUUAGAAAUAAAUUGGAAAUGGAGAGUGCUAGAGUAGACUCUGUUCCAGUUGAAAGUUUAGAUUUUAAACAAAUGUUUUUGGAAACCAAAGAACAUACUAGAGCUGUAGAUUUGCAAAUCAGGAAGAUAGAAUUGACACAGGCGAAUGAACAUGUAAAAUAUCUGACUGCUUAUAUGCCUGAUACAUUUAUGAAUAGAGGAGGUGAUCAUGAUGCUAUUUUAGUUCUGCUACUUGUUUCAAGGCUAGUAUGGAAAUUAGAUAUAUUAGCAGCUCAAGUUCGAGAAAGAUUCCCUCCAGUCACCAAAAUUGACAAGAAUGCCGUUAUGCAGGCUCAUAACGUUCAUCAGUAUUCUUUUAGAUGUCGAUUUGUUUAUUAUAUACAUGUAUUACAAGGCAUUCUACAGCAGUUCUCCUAUGCCCUGAAUGUAUGUGCUCCUGAUGAAUUAUUAAAAGUCGGAUCUACUUAUCCAGAAAUGUCUGUUCAAGAAAGAAUUAUAGAUAAUUUUGUAGAUUUAUUGAAACGUAAUCAAUUAGAUGAAAAUAGUCAAACAGAUGUUUUGGAGAAAUGCAUAGGCUAUUUUACUGCAAUGCAUAUGGUGUUGUUGCCUGAUCCAGCUUUAAUUAACGAAGUCCAGCUCAUCAGAGAUAUUAUUUCUGCCUGGACAGCAGCUAUGGAUGGUCUAGUCACAGAUGGUUCAAUCAUUAGAUCCCUAGCUCAAACAGAUGGAAGCAAACAAGAAUCUUCAUUGCUAGCUCAGCAUGUCAUUACAACUGCUGAAUCUGUUUUGCAACAAUUGAAACUCUGUAGAAGGAGACUUCCACAGGAUAUAAAAACCAAAAAAAUUGGUUUCAGUGAUGUGGAAACUUUGAAAGCUUGUCAACCUUUAGUGACAAAGGUUUCAGCUGUUAUUAACCAUGUUUCUAAGUUGACGGUGCCACUUGUUACUGCUUCUGGGGAUUUGGAUAAUACAGUGCCUGAAAGUAAAUUAUGGGAAGCGUUUGUUGUGUGUUGUGAAAAAGUUUACGAGCAAGAUGAUUUGGGUCCAGCUCAGAGUAUUAGGAAAUCUUUAAGUGCCGUGCUUUUGGCUUCGGCUAAUUUAGCACAAUUUUUAAGUGAAAAUGAAGAUGUCAUACAUGCCAGUGUGCCUACUGAACCGCCCACUCCUCCAAUAGUUUUACGUUCCCAAAUAAUCAAGAAACAAUUAGAAGAAACUAAAAUGUUGACUGCAAAAUUAGAGAAUAAGGAAGCUGAGAUUAGGGAAUUGAAAAAAGCGGCUAAAGCGAGACAAGACGAAUUAUCAGAGAUGCAAAUUAGAAAAGAUUUAGCUGAGAAGAAACUCGGAACCUUCAACAAAGACUCAGAGAUACAAAUCGAAAAGCUGCAGAAGAAAUAUGAUGAGGCUGUAUUAGAAUUCCAAAAGAAAGAAAAAGAAUUUGAACAAACUCUAGACCAUCUGCAAACGGAUAUUGAUGCUUUGGAACAAGAAAAAGGUACAUUGCGUGAGAAGGUCAAAGGUCUGGCAAAGGCAAAGGUCUUGAUGUGAUAAAGCAACGGUCUACACCAGGAUCUCCUACAUCAGGAACUAAUACAGAAGUAUCUUCUCCCGUCGGAUCAGUAGGUUCCUUGCAAGAAAUUGUAGCUUUGCAAAAUGCACUGAAGUGGAACGAAAAGAGCGUAUAAAUAUUCAAA